AUAUAUAUCCAAGUAAAUAAACAAUAGUCUUUCUUCUCAUAGAGACCAUAUACAUAUAUUCAAUAACAUAAUCCAAUUUUAGCCUCAACCAUCAAAUUUUUCAUGCCAAAGUUUAUCACUAAGCGACAAUAAUGGCAUCUCCUACAGUGCGUUAUACCGCUGUUGCUAUCAUUAUCAUAGCGUAUGUCUUUGGUAGCCACAAUUUCAUGGCUUACGGGCAGUCAUGCGCAGGAGAUAUCCCAAGCCUUGUGCGCCAAUGUGCCAAGUAUGUGCGGAAGGCGGGGCCGAAAACACCGCCUUCUUCACAAUGUUGUGGUGUGGCUAGGAAUGCUAAUGUUCUUUGCUUAUGCAAGUAUGUUACCAACGGUAUUGAGAAGUUUGUUAGCGUUGAUAAAGCUGUUUUCAUUGCUCAAUACUGUGGUGUUCCCUUUCAACAUGGAGCUAAAUGUGGAAGCUACACAAUUCCAUGAGCACCGGACGCUACACAAUUAAUGGCAGCGAUACUGCGGUAGUAUGUCAUCAGAUGUUCUAAUAUGUACCGUUAUUAUUACUAAGUACCAGGGAUGAAGUUUGAGGCUUUGAGCCUAUGCUAAACGAUUCGUUUAUCGUACUCUAGUCUAGUAGUCUUGAUGUCUUUACUAUCACAAUUGACAGUGCGUCUCUACUUCCACAAGUUAGGAUGAUUAAGGUUGUCCACCUAAUUAUCUUUUAAUUUCUAAAUUAGAGAACUGCAAUAAAUGUAUUAGCUUUAUCAUACUCCAUAGAAUAAUAAAUCAAAAUUGGCCUUCAUGGUUCUACUUAUGA